AUCACGCGACACAUCACAUCUCCGUGAUCAUCGCCGUGAUAUUCUUCGUCGAUACGAAGGAGAUCUAGAUCCGGAUCGGAGUCGUCUGGACGACGCGCCCGAUCCAACGUCGCUCCGGGCGCGGUGUGGGCUUGACGCAGGGGUUUGAAAACAGACCCGCAUGGCGGUCGCUGUCAUGCCCGCGAUGGGCCCCACGCUCGGAAGCGCCGCGGGGCUCAUCUCCAUGCUCGAGGAGGAGCAGGUCCAGCUCCAAACGAGCGCGCUCCGGUCGUUAAACGCGGUCGUGGACACGCACUGGGCCGAGGUCGCGGGCUCCAUCUCCGUGAUCGAAGCCCUGUACGAGGACGAGUUUUUCGCGUCCCGAGACCUCGCGGCGUUGCUCGCGUCUAAGGUCUACUACCACCUCGGGGAGAUGAACGACGCGCUGAACUACGCCCUGUGCGCGGGAUCUCUGUUCGACGUCACGGAGACGACCGAUUUCGUGCAGACCCUCCUCGCGAAAGCGAUCGACGCGUACAUCGAACAGAGAUCGGACGCCAAGACGGACGACGUCGACGAGACGGACAAACGUCUGGUCGCCAUCGUGGAGCGUAUGUUCGAAAGGUGCUACGACGAUGGGCAGUUCACGCAAGCGAUCGGCGUCGCGCUCGAGACGAGGAGACUGGAUAAGCUUCAGGAGAGCAUCUUGAAGAGCGGGGACGUCGUGGAGAGCCUCGACUACGCGACGAAGGUGUGCCAGACGCUCGUGACGUCGAGGGAGUUUCGUCAGUCCGUCUUGCGCGUGCUCGUGAAAAUGUACGAGACCACUGAGGGGGUGGAACCGAACUACCUUAACAUGUGUCAGUGCCUGAUGUUCUUGGACGACGCGGACGGCGUCGCGAACGUGCUGACGAAGCUCGUGAACGGGAGCGACGACGAGCAGCUGCUUUCCUUCCAGAUCGCGUUCAGCCUGUGCGAGAACGAGAUUCAGCCGUUUCUGAACAAAGUCAUCGCGAAGCUCGCGCCUGCGGCGGCGGAAACUCCCGCGCCCGCGAACGAGGACGGCAUGGACGAUGAUACGAAGACGGAGGACGUGAAGCUCGAAGACACGACGAGCUCGAAUCCGUCCAAGCUGUUGAGAUCCGUGCUCUCAGGCGCGCUCCCGGUGAACCUCCACCUCGAGUUUCUGUUCAGUCACAACGCGUCGGAUCUGCUUCUGUUGAAGCAAAUCCGAGCCGCGGUGGAGUCGAGGAACUCCGUGUGUCACACCGCGACGGUGCUGUGCAACGCGCUGAUGCACGCGGGAACGACGGUGGACACCUUCUUACGCGAGAACCUGGACUGGUUAUCUCGAGCGACGAACUGGGCGCGUUUCAGCGCGACCGCCGGGAUGGGGGUCAUUCACCGCGGGCAGCUGAACGAGGGCAGGCAGCUCAUGGGACCGUUCUUGCCGCGCGAGGGCGGGGGCGGGGGGCAACGACCGUCCCCGUACACCGAGGGCGGCGCGCUCUACGCCUUGGGGUUGAUUCACGCGAACCAUGGGGACGACAUCCUCCCGUUCCUCCUCGAGUCCUCGCGAUCGAGCAACAACGAGGUCAUCCAACACGGCGCGUGCCUCGGCUUAGGCCUCGCCGCGCUCGGGACGGGGAACGAGGAGGUGUACACCGAUCUGUUCCGCAUCAUGCGCACGGACAGCGCAGUCGCGGGCGAGGGCGCGGGCAUUGGCGUCGGGCUCUUACUCGCCGGCACCGGCAUCGCGACGAAGCAGCAACAAAUCUUGAACUACUGCCACAAGACGCAGCACGAGAAGAUCAUCCGCGGCUGCGGCGUCGGCCUCGCGCUCACCGCGUACGGCCGCGAAGAGGAAGCGGAGCCGCUCAUCGAGCAGAUGGUCCGGGAUUCCGAUCCGAUCAUCCGCUACGGCGGCUGCCUCGCCGUCGCGGCCGCAUACGUCGCGACUGGGAACAACGCCGCGGUUCGGCGUCUGCUUCACGUCGCGGUCUCCGACGUGAGCGACGACGUGCGGCGCGCGGCGGUGAUGUCGUUAGGGUUUGUCCUGUGCUCGACGCCGUCGCAGUGCCCCCGGGUCGUCGCGCUUCUCUCGGAGUCGUACAACCCGCACGUGCGGUACGGCGCGGCCAUGGCCGUCGGCAUCUGCUGCUCCGGCACCGGAUUAAAAGAAGCCGUCGAGUUGUUAGAGCCGAUGCUCACGGACGCGGUUGAUUUCGUUCAACAAGGCGCGCUCAUCGCGAUGGCGAUGGUGAUGGUCGAACAGACCGAGGCGAACGUCGCGCCGUUCCGUAAGCGGCUCACAAACCACAUCACGGACAACCGCGAAGUCACGAUGACGAAGAUGGGCGCGAUCAUGGCGCAGGGCAUCGUCGACGCGGGCGGACGCAACGUCACGAUUGGGUUACGCGCGCGAAGCGGUUUCCCUAGGAUGACCGCGGUUGUGUCCAUGAUUGUGUUCACGCAGUACUGGUACUGGUCCCCGCUGUCGUAUUUCGUGUCCCUGACGUUCGUCCCGACCGCGUUCAUCGGUUUAGACGCAAAACUCAAAAUGCCACACUGCUCGGUCACGAGCCACUGCAAGCCGUCUUUGUUCGCGUACCCGCCGGCGGUGACCGCGGACGACAAGAAGGACAAGGGUAAGGUCGUUAAGGCGGUGUUGUCCACGACUGCGAAGGCCAAGGCCAAGGCGGCGAAGAAGGCGCGGGAAAGCGCCGCGGAGGGUGGCGGCGACGUCGAAAUGGAGACGGACGCCGCGAAGGGUGGCGAAGAGAAGGACGCGACGGACGGGAUGGACGUCGACGGCGGCGACGAGAAGAAGAAAGACGGCGACGACAAAGACACGGACGCCGCGAAAAAAGAGCCGGAGCCGACCAAGGAGGAGCUCGCGAACCCCGCGAGGGUCACCCCCGGCCAGGAGCGGUACGUCAAGUUCGACGACGACAGCAGGUUCGUCCCGAUCGUGAGCGGGAAAGCCGCGCAGACGCGCGGGUUCGUCGUCUUGAAGGACACGACCCCGGGCGAGGAGGUGGAAUACGUCACGACGACGAAGACCCCCGCACCCGCGGGAGGCGCCGGUGACGCGGGCGGCGCGAUCGCGGCCGCGGUCGAGGAGGAACCUGACGCGCCGGACGCGUUCGAGUUUGAUCCCAACGACGUGUGA